AUGAACGACCCCGACUCCCCCCGCGGGGUGUCGGACGAGCUCGACCAUAGCGAUCCAUCCUCGACAGACCUUCACGUCCGCACGCUUCCCGAUGAUUUACCUAAGUCUUUGGAUGACCGCCGCUCUUUGCCAGUCCUGCAGCACGAGACGGAGAUGUACGAUGCCUGGCAAGGUCAAUCGCAAUUUCUCACCACCCCCGUAGCCGCCAAACCCUUAAGCUUCAGCCUCACGCUCGAUGAUCACACGCAUGACGAGGAACAUGCCCUUCAAGCCCAGUAUGGACGCGGUCUUGCCGCGGCCGCUAUCGACGACGAUAACGAAUCUACAAUCACAGCUCGCCUCGAGGAUAGCGAUGCCCGGUUGAUGGAGAUGCUUGCUGCGCAGGCGGCACACCGGGAAGUGGAUUCGCUGGGUGCGGACGAAGAUGCCAUCGCCUCCGAUGAAAAGCUGACUGAAGCGGAGAAGCGGGACAUCCUACAGCGGAGUUUGAAUAUGGCGGCGAGUAAUGGCGACGUGGAACGUGUUCGCAAGCUGGUGCAGGGCCAAGCAAAAGAGUACGUGGAUGUCAACAUGCCAGAUGAAGAGGGCACAGUGCCCCUGAUCUACGCUAGCUGCUUUGGACAUCAGGACGUCGUGUCAGCCCUGCUUGAUGCAGGGGCUCUUGUCGACCAGCAGGAUCGCAAUCAGUGGAGUGCCUUAAUGUGGGCCAUGACUAACCGACAUAAAACAAUUGCAAAAAUUCUCCUCGACCACGGCGCAUCUCCGGACAUUAAAUCCUCAUCGGGUGGGACGGCGUUUGACUUUGCUCAGCCAGGAAGUGAGAUUUCAGAGUACCUGCACGAAAAUGGAUAUCAUUUUGGACCGAGCGCCAUCGAAGACGACUUUUAUGACUCCGGGUUCGGCCAUGGUCGCUUUGAGGAGGAAAUCGCAGAGAACGAAAUGAAGCGGCGUAUGAUGAUGGAAGAGAGCGCGAUCAACCUUGAGGUAGACCUGUCGAGCCUAGGAUUGGACGAGAAAUUCGACUCGCAAGAUGACGAAGAUUUGGAAGAGGAGCAACAAGAGUUCGUUUGGGACCGGUGCUUGAACGACCAGAUGUUCGUCUUCCAAGACAAUGAGCUCGAAAAAAUACUGAAUAUCAUCAUCACGAACAUGACACCACAGCGAUCACCCUCACAGAAACCGGUACCUGCCAACCUUUUAUUCCUCAGCGCUCGUUACGCUCAUUAUCACGCCAGCCCCGAACUGCUGGCCACACUUCUGGUCUCCGCGACCGAUAAAAUCAACGACGUCGUGGAGCGUCAUCAAUGGGACAUGACUAUCCUGGCCUUCUGGAUGUCGAAUGCGACUCUUUUGCUCCACUAUCUGAAGAAGGACGCCGGCUUGGUAGAAGCCACGGUGGAAUUCCAGCUUCACCUGGCCGAGUUGAUCAAUGAGAUCUUCAUUCUGAUCAUCCGCGAUGCUGAGCGUCGCAUGAAUAAGGUUCUCGACUCGGCCAUGCUCGAUCACGAGACAAUUCCGGGCCUGGAGGAUGUGCAUUUCCAAAAUGAAUGGAAACUUUUCCGACCCAAGUCCAAGGCAAAAGCCCCCGAGCCGGUGGAGAAGCGCUUCCGACCACCAUCUCCGCGACGGCGUGCGCAGGUCUCGCCGCGCAAUAUCACCUCCCUUCUGUCAUCAACCCUGUUUGUCCUCGAUUUGUACGAUGUUCACUCCGUAAUCACCACUCAGAUCAUUUCCCAGCUUUUGUACUGGGUGGGCGCUGAGCUGUUCAACCGAAUCAUGAGUACCAAACGCUACCUGGCUCGCACGAAAGCGAUGCAGAUUCGCAUGAACGUCUCGACGUUGGAAGAUUGGGCCCGGAACAACAAUCGCCAACCGGAACACUACGAGAACGGCUCGACGUCCAGCACGGGCGAGUGCACCAUGGACGCUGCGCGCAAGCAUCUCGCCCCGGUGAUCCAACUUUUGCAAUGGCUGCAAUGCUUCUCCUCGCUGGGAGAUGACUUCGAGUCACUCGUGACGACUCUCCUUCAAUUGCAGCAACUAACCCCGGCCCAGCUUCUGCAUGCGGUCAAGUCGUAUCGGCCAGAGGUCGGAGAAAAGGGACUGACCAAGCAAGCGAUGAAGUUUCUUAUUGAGCUGCAGCGCGACCCGGAACUGCUCUACCGGGAGCAUGCCAAGCUUCAAGCGGCCCAGCAGCAACGAGGUGCGGCGCAGGCGUCAGCCUCUAGCGAUGGGGGACGUCCUCAGACGCCCCUGGCGACGACCACGCCGGGCGAUGCGGCCACCUCUUCUGACGCCUCGACGCGCGCCUCGAUGGCAUCCCCGGGGUCUAGUUUCGCAUCUCCACGACCGGCCCUGAUGGAAGAGCGGGCCGGUAGUCAUGGGGUGUUUUUAGAUCCGUCUUUGACCCUCCCCUUCUCCUUACCCACCAGCACGGAUAUGUUGAUAAGCUACGGGGCUGGAUGGGGAGGUACUAAUCGCGAACGGGCGCGUAAAUACAUCCCAACAGUACCCCCGGAAGUGCUCAGUCGAUUCGAUCGUGACGGGUGA